AUGCGCUUCAAAACCGAACUCAAAAACAUCCGUACCUUCUCCAGACUUGUGGCCGCCCUCAACACUCUGGAAAAAAUCGCCUGGGUCCGGCUCGACGAUGACACAGUUAGGUUCACCGUCAUCCCCGACACCGGAUCCCAAGUAUGGGCCUCCUUCUCCGUCGACACCAUCUUCGACAGUUACCACAUCCAAUCCGCCGAAGCCAGCAACACCAUCAACCUAGAACUUCCUCUGGGCCCUCUGCAACGAGCUCUCAAAUCCGCUCUGAACAGCAACCACGCCAGCCUGCGCCUGACCAAACGUGACGGCAUCCCCAUGCUCUCCAUGACCAUCCACACCAUGACCAAGGACGCACCCUCUCGUCGCGGCAACAACCCCAAAACCACCGACCCCAUGGACCGAAAUGAUGACUACGACGACGCCGACAACGACCCCUUCUCAGAAACCAACAACUCCCUCUACCCGCAAGAAUCCCUCGAGCUAACCCACAAGCGCGAGCGCGAAAAGGUCAUCACCCAAGACAUCCCCGUGCGGGUGCUGCACCCCGACACCGUCGAGACCAUCAUGCAGCCGAAAGUGCGAGAGCCAGACGUGCACAUUCUUCUUCCUCCGCUGGUGCAACUCAAAGGGAUUUCGGACCGGUUCACCAAGCUGGCCAUCACCACCGCCUCUGCCUCUUCCUCCUCCUCCUCUUCGGCUAGAAAGGAAGCGCUGAACCCGAAAUUGGAAAUAUCAGCCAACAUGCACGGCUCACUCAGGCUGAGGCUGGUAGCUGACACCCUGGACAUUACGAGUGUUUGGGACGGGUGCCUCGAAAACCCCGAGCUGGACCCGGCGCAGCUGACGGUGCCGAUUGAGGAGCAUCCGUCUACCAAGUACAGGGAGGCCGGGCCGGAGAAGUGGGCGACGGUUAGGGUUGAUGGGAAGGACUGGAGCAGGGUGCUGAGUGUCGGCAGGCUGGAGGGGAGUAGGGUCAUUGCGUGCUUUACGCAUGAGCAUGCGCUGAUUUUGUAUGUUUAUGUGCGGAGGGCGGAUGAUGAUGAUUUCCCCGGGGUGGGGGCGGGGAGGGAUGGGGAUGGGGAGGAUGUUGUUACUUACUACGUUACUGGCUAUAGUCCUUAA